UCCGGCAGUCGCAGAGAUGUGGGGGUACGGCGUAGUCGCGUUGUGUUUGUUGGGGGUGGGUGGAGUGUGGGGGGGCUACGAGUUCCCUGCGGAGUUCCAGUUCGGCGCCGCCUCCGCCGCUUUCCAGAUAGAGGGCGCGUGGAACGUCAGCGACAAGACAGCGAGCGUGUGGGACAACUGGCUGCACCGCGCCGGCUCCGAGUUCAACGGCGACGUCACCUGCAACUCCUACAACCAGUGGCAGGAAGACGUCGAGGCGGCUGCUGCGCUCGGCCUCGACUACUACAGGUUCUCCCUGUCUUGGCCGCGGCUGCUGCCCACGGGUCUGCCGAACGAGGUGAGCGAGGACGGCGUGCAGUACUACAACCAGCUGAUCGACGGUCUGCUGGCGCGCGGCAUCGAGCCCGUCGUCACGAUAUACCACUGGGAUCUGCCGCAGAACCUGCAGGAUCUUGGUGGCUGGGCGAACCCGCUGAUAGGCGAGUGGUUCGCGGACUACGCGCGCGUGGCGUACUCCAAGUUCGGUGACCGCGUGCGGCGCUGGCUGACCAUCAACGAGCCGUUCUCGUUCUGCGUGGCCGGCUACGACUACGCCAUGCACCCGCCCGGCAUGAGCUGGGCGGGCGUCGCCGACUACAUCUGCAUCAAGAACGUGCUGUUGGCGCACGCGCGCGCCUGGAGGGUCUACGACGAGGAGUUCCGGAACAAGUAUCAUGGUAAAGUGGCGCUGUGCAACCACAUGGUGUGGAUAGAGGCGGAGGAGGACGACGACGGCACGGCCGAGCUGGUGCGACAGAUCUAUGUGGGUCUGUUCAAUCACCCUAUCUUCUCGAAGAAGGGGGGCUGGCCGCCAGCCAUCGAGCAGAUCAUAGAGAAGAACAGCAAGGAGCAAGGCUAUCCGCGCUCCCGCCUUCCCAGUUUCACUAAAGACGAAAUUAAACUUGUCAGAGGCACGUUUGACUUCCUGGCAAUGAACCACUACACGUCACGCGUGGGUCGGCACACGCGGGAGGGGGAGUCGGCUCUGACGUACGUGCUGGGCCUCGCUGAAGUCGACGGCGUCCUCUACACCAGGCCCGAGUGGCGCAAGGCGGGAACCUCAUGGUUCUAUAUUUACUACGAGGGCAUGCGCAAGCAGCUGAAGUGGCUGAAGGACAACUACGGGGACGUGGAGAUCCUGAUCACGGAGAACGGCUACGGCGACGCCGAUGGCCUCAAGAUCCAGGACGACGAGAGGAUCACGUACAUCAGCGAGAUGCUCAAGCAGGUGCUGCUGGCGAUGCACGAGGACGGCGUGCGCGUGGUGGGCUACACCGUCUGGUCGCUGCUCGACAACCUGGAGUGGGACGAAGGCUUCACGCCCCGUUUCGGUCUGUACCAGGUGGACUUCGACGACGCGGCGCUGGCCCGCGUCCCCCGCGCCUCCGCCAGCUACUACGCCGGCGUCAUCACCUCGCGCUCCGCAGAGUACACCAACACCACUUCUAGUUAACUACCUAACCUAACCUAAACUACCUAUUAUAGUAUUUUUGU